AUGGCACCCACCAAGGAAUCAUCGCGUACUGGUAUCCAUCUCCCCAAAGGCUUCCGCUACGAUGAAGUCAACUUCGAUCCUACCCCCUCCCCUCCAAGAGCCGAGCCAGACCCUGAUCUAGGCAUCUUGGAGACCUUCAAGGGAUCCUGGACCGGACCUGGCUUUAACACCAUCUUCAGACCAAACUCCGUCUCUCCUACUACGACCGAUUUCCACAAUCCCGUCAUCCCUGCCCCUCCUACCCCUCCCAAUGUCUCAGUCCUUGAGCUCAAUCUGACGCAAGAAGAUCUUGCCUUCACUAUACCUCUUGUCAGAGUCCCCAAUCGUGGUCUUGGGCAGCAGAAUGACAUUUUCAUCAGUGGUGUCACGUAUCUCCAGGCUGUCGAUGAUGUUACCAAUACGGCGACAGGCAAACCUGAUGGUACCAAGACGGGUAUUCAUACUGAGACUGGCUUUUGGCUAAACGUUCCUCCGACGAAUAAUAAUCCCGUGGAAGAAAACACACUCGUCCGUCUGGGCUCUAUUCCUCAUGGAACUACCAUCAACGGACAGGGUAGCCCCCCCAUCGUGACCCAGGGAGCGCCAGAUAUUGGUCCACGACCUAUCACUCCUUUCGUCAUUGGAGACAAGGGAGAUACUCAGGUCAUGGCUAGCCAGACAGCCUCCCUUAACAACACAGCACGUCUGCCCCAGGAUCUCAGCUUGUUCAUUAAGGAGGGAACAAUCACCCAAGCUAUUCUUGACAACCCAAUCCAGAUCCUUCUUGAUAUCAACACCCAACUCAAUAUCACCGAGACCAGCACCUUCACAGUCUCUACCCAGUCUGAUCCAACUCCCGGCGGCGGUACAGCCAACAUCGCGUUCCUCGUUGGCGCGAGUUCCCAGGGUCCCAAUGCAAAUGCUGUUCAGAUGGACUCUACGUUCUGGGUUGAGACGAUCGAGUCGGAGAUCACUGUUCAGAACUACACGCCCGGGAAGCCUCUUCUUCUGCAGCCAGCCUAUAAGCAGGGUCAGGGCAAGACACCUCCCCCACUGCCGACAUUCUCUGUCACGCCUCCUGGACCGGUUACUGGUCCCAAAACGAUUCCUGUAACUUACACGCAGAUCCAGUACUCUCAGACUGUUUUCCUUAACUUUCAUGGGUUGACUUGGCCGCAUUUGUCUUUGGCUACGUUGGUGCCUGCUUUACCAAUCGAGAUUGACUAUCCUUCAUCUUAG